AUGGCUUUCUGUAUCACUUUCGGAACUCAUGAGUUCUCGUCUCAGCUUGAAGGCUAUGAGCAUGUUCGCGCAUACUGCUACAACUGCCAACACUGGAAUGGGCACUGCAUUACUCGAUGGCCGUUUUUCACUGUCUGCUUCAUUCCCCUGAUUCCCCUUGCGACGCACAAGUACAAGGAAGUGCAAUGCUACACAUGCCGAUACACUCAAGACCUACGUGACCGGCCAGAUAUCACGCCGGAGACUCGACCCCCUGCAGGUGGGCAGUACGGGAUCCAACCACCUCCGGGGGCUCAGAUCUGGCAGCAGCCUCCUGGUCCUCCCCCUCAGGCACAGGGCGGUCUAGGAUACAAGUGA